UUAUUUUAAAAUGUAGAUCCAAACGGUAUAUUUAACUACAGAGAUAAAUAUGAAAUUUAAUUAUUUAAACUAGCCUAUAUAAAUGUCGAAUACGCUGUUGCAUCAAGAAACCGGCAUAGCAUCACUUGUUGGGUUUGUGCAGUGGUUAGGAAACACAAAUAUACCCAAGCCUCGCAUCAAUAUUUUAACAACUGCAAACCUUUAAAAUGAAGACGAAAGAGUAAUGCCCUGAUGGAUAGAGGUGCAAUUGCCAUUCUAUGACUGGAGGUGUCAGCUGGUGUCUAAGGACAAGGUAGAUGUACAUUUCUACAUUUCUUUCACAAUUUUCAACAUGGAUAUUUCUCAAGACUCUGAAAACUCAUCUCUGCUUCUCUCUAACUCGUCGGGGCAUAUACAAGUGACCAUGGGGGACCAGUAUGGAAAUGCCAUCUUGCCCAGUAUUUUUGGGACCAUAUGUUUUUUUGGCAUCACUGGAAAUUCUAUUGUCAUCUACACCAUCAUUAAAAAGACCAAAUGCCAGGCUAAACAAACGGUACCAGACAUUUUCAUAUUCAAUCUCUCUAUUGUGGAUUUGCUUUUCCUCCUCGGCAUGCCCUUUCUCAUUCAUCAGCUCAUGGGAAACGGAUCUUGGUGUUUCGGAGCCACUAUGUGCAAAGUCAUCUCUGCCCUAGAUUCGAACAGCCAGACCGUGAGCACCUACAUCCUCACAGUUAUGACCUUGGACCGUUAUGUGGCUACUGUCCACCCAUUCCGCGUUAACCACGUCCGGACAACCUGUGUCGCCAGUUGUGUGGUGGGGAUGGUGUGGGUGCUUUCUCUCAUCUCAAUUACUCCUGUUUUAAUGUACACUGGCUUGAUGCCUCUCCACAACGGCCAGGUGGGAUGUGCUCUCCUGCUACCGAAUCCAUCCAUCAACAUCUGCUGGUUCACUAUCUAUCAGUUUGUGCUGGCAUUCGCCCUUCCGCUCAUGAUUAUCUGUGUGGUGUUUUUUAAAAUCUUGAAGCACGUGUCUACCACAGUGGCUCCUCUUCCCCCGAGGAACCAACAAGUGCGCACAAAAAGUGUGACUCGGAUGGCUGUGGCCAUCUGUUUGGCCUUUUUCAUCUGUUGGGCUCCGUACUACAUCCUUCAGCUUGUCCAUUUGGGAAUACAGAAACCCAGUGCCUCGUUUUAUUAUGUCUAUCACGUUGCCAUUAGCAUGGGUUACACUAACAGCUGCAUUAAUCCUUUUCUUUAUAUUAUUCUGAGUAAGACCUUUAAAAGGCAGUUUAUAGUGGCCAUCCAGCCUGCACACAACCACUUUCGGGUCAACCCGAGUAGCACGGAGGCCACUGUGUCCCUCCGUCUGGCUGCUGACUGCCAAAGACAUUUACCUGUUAACACCUCAGAGUAAUAUACACAUUUUUUUUCCUUAAAACAUCCUAAUUGAAGAAUUGAUCAACCUGAUAAAAAAAAUGAAGGAUUCAAAAAAUAAAAAGGAAAAAACAAAGUGAUGGAACAAUAGAUCAACAUUUUGUCAUCUCUGUGCGCUGUGCGUGUAUUUGCAUUUGCAUUAUGUAUUACAUAAUUCCUUAAUGAUGACCAUGUUUACUAGGGAAAAAAACUGUGAAUAUAAAUGUGAAUGUUGUAUCAUUUUAUUUGA